UCUCCGAUCAGUCCAGAGCUGUGUUAGCCUCCCCGCCUCCCCCAGCCUCUCAAUCUACACUCUUAGCCUUAAGCUCAUUAAGUCUUCAGAAAACUGGCUGUUUUCUCCAAGGGGCUUCAGGUCUCCCCUGGCCUUCUGCUUCCCCAGUCCCUGCCCUCUGGAACAAGUUAGAUCUCAGCUGUGUCUCUACUGUUGACGGACAGUAAGCUGGCCUGCCAAGCCCCCUUCUGUGGCACCCUGCCAUCCAUGAGGAGCAACAGCCGUCGCAAGCUGGAUGAGAGGAUCUUCGUGGAACAGGUUCAAGAAUGCAUGAACAAUGGUUAUCUGCUCUCCUCCAAGAAGAUUGGCUCUGGUGCCUUCUCCAAGGUCUACCUAGCCUAUGCAACACGUGAGCGCAUGAAGCACAAUCCUAAGCUAGCCUCUGACUUGCGGGCCAAGCGCCACACUAUGGUAGCUAUUAAGAUUGUGUCCAUGGCUGAAGCACCAGUGGAGUACUCCAGAAAGUUCCUGCCCCGUGAGAUUUCAUCACUCAAUGCCACCUACAAGCACCUUAACAUAGUGCAGUUAUAUGAGACCUACCAGAACAGUCAGCACUCCUACCUGGUGCUGGAGUUGGCAGCCCGAGGCGACCUGUUGGAGCAUAUCAAUGCAGUGUCAGACCUCCGAGGCUGCCCGGGGCUAGAGGAGGAAGAGGCUCGAAGGCUGUUCUGGCAGCUGGUCAGCGCGGUGGCCCACUGCCACAGUGCCGGCAUUGUGCACCGAGACUUGAAAUGUGAGAAUAUCCUCUUGGAUGACCAGGGCUUCCUAAAGCUGACAGAUUUUGGUUUUGCCAACUGCGUGGGGCUCAAGAACUCACUGCUGAGCACCUUCUGUGGCUCUGUGGCCUAUACGGCCCCAGAGAUCCUCAUGAGCAAGAAGUACAAUGGUGAGCAGGCUGACCUGUGGAGCCUAGGGAUCAUCCUUCAUGCCAUGGUGUCUGGGAAGUUGCCCUUCAAAGAACACCAACCCCACCGCAUGCUGCAUCUGAUUCGUCGUGGUCCCGUCUUCAAGCCAGGGUUGUCCCCAGGGUGCCGGGACCUGAUCAGAGGGCUGCUUCAGCUGCAUCCGUGCGCACGCCUGGGCCUACAGCAGGUAGCUGCUCACUGCUGGAUGCUGCCCGCAGACCACACGCUGUCCUCUGCACUCGGUGCCACUCCAGAACAGGAGCAUUCCCAGUCAGCAACAGCCCCUGGCCACACAGAGUCUGGCAGAGAUACCGUGCACAGAAGCAAAAGCUGCAGCACCUCCAGGGGCGGGACAUCUCUAAGGAGAGUGUCUCUGGCCCAGGCGUUUAGCACCUGGAAGCCUGCACCAGAGGAAUAGCUUCUGCCAGUCUUGGGCUAUG